GAGAGCGGUAUCUCUAUUUUCUACUAAUUAUAUUAUUACUGUAGUUAACACAAUUUAUAAUUAACCUUCAACCUUCUAUUGCCAUUCUAUUACUGAGUCUGUUAACUAUGGUGACUUGAGACUUCUGUAUUUUGCUUUAAGUAAUAAGUUUUGAGACGGAAUUUUAACAAUAUUCUUUUACAAUAAGGCGAUGUAUAGGAUUUUAAUGUAAUAAAAUACUUAAAUUAAUAUUAUUUUUUAUAUAAAAGCAUAUCUCAAAUAAAACUGUAAGGAAAUGUAAUAAUGAAGUUUUAGUCGAAAUUCAUAUUAUAAGCACAAUGAGUCGAUGUGAUUUUAAGAUUGUGUUAUUAGGCAGUGAACAUGUUGGAAAGACUAGUUUAGUAAUUAGAUUUGUGAAUUGUCGGUUUAAUGCUUCAACGCCAUACCAAAACACUAUUGGCGCAGCUUUCUGUGCCAAAACAAUAUAUGUGAAUGGAAAACCAUUCAAUGUUGGAAUAUGGGAUACUGCUGGUAGUGAACGCUAUGAAGCGAUGACACGUAUGUAUUACCGCGGUGCGCAUGCGGCGAUUAUAUGCUAUGACCCCUGUUGUCUCGAGUCUUGGACGCGACUCCGGCAUUGGUUGCAAGAAUUGAGGACAGUUGAAGAAGAGUGCAAAGUAUAUCUCUGUGGUACCAAAAAAGAUCUAGUUGACUCCAAUGAGGUGCAACGAGAGGUCCCGGAAGAUAUAGUACAUACAUACUCUCAAGGUCUACAUGGACACUUUCUAACUUCGAGCAAAACUGGAGAGAAUGUUGAAGAGUUAUUCCAGAAGAUAGUAGAGGAUUGUGCAGCAGAUAUUAAUGUGAUGAAGAAUGUGGAAGAGUUAAGAGUACAAUUACAAAAAGAGGAUGAAAAAAAGAAAGUGUACUGUUUCUGCUGAUAUUGAAUACAAACACAAAUACUCUGUUUUUUCAAAAGAAAACGCGUCAUAUAUGCAUUGGUUAAAGUGUUUAAAGACGAUAAAAGUAUAGUCUGCCCAUCAGAAGCAUUUACGAGUUAUUUUUUUCAAGAAGGAAUAGAUGCCGCUACAACACUUCAAAUGUCUUGGGGCGUUGGUCUCAGACUGCUUUGCUUUAGUUAAUUAUUUGGUUCUCUUUGCGAUCCGCUUUCUGAGACUAACGACACAUUGUUAUGCCUUGAUGUAUUUCCUCACAUGCUUCCUUCACCAACCGAGUUUUAAUAUAAUUCUACUCAAAGUCAUUACCUCAACAUUGAGAAUCCCAUUAUACUAAUACUACAUAUAUAUAUACUCUUGUGUCUACUCUUUCAGUGUCCUGAAAGAUCAAUACGAAUUCGCCUGACAAUUGACGAAUUACGAACUGACUGUAUAUAAUACAAAAUUAUGACUGAAUAUUAUUUUGUGGCUCUGUUUACUCUACAAUGUAUCUUAAGACCUAGAGCGCUGUCAAAUGUAUUAGAAAUAAUUCAUAGAUUUAACAAAAGCCUUAUUAUUCUCAAGUAGACUUAUAAAUACACAGUUACUUAAAGAAGUAACUGUCAAAGCAAAUGUUAAAGAUUAUUUAUUUUAUUUACAUUUAUUGUGCUAUUAUGCGCUUUUGACUAUUCAACAAUUCGACAAGGCUCAUAAAAUAAGUAUAUUAAAUAUAGAAGAUGUAUUAAAAUUAUAAGUUUUAAUAUAGUUUAAAGAUUUGAGACUGUGAUCAAACAAAUAUUUUUAUAUUCGGGAUCUCAAGUACCAAAUGUAUUUAAUUUAGGUUCAAUAAAGCCUUGAUGCCUUCUAUUCAUAGACGAUUUUCCACAUUUUUAACGAGUAACGUAUUCCGUGUCAAUAUACUAAAAUAUUAUUUACCUUGUUUCUUAUGUCAAACUUUACGUUAACUCUACCACGCAUUAUUUUGUAAAUAGACAAAACCCAAAUAUUCUUAAACAUUAUUUUUAAAUUAACUGUCACCUGUUAUGAAAAAAGUAAGUAUUGAAAUUUCAUUACAUUGCUAGUUAACAAAUACAUACGUAUUUUUUUAUUCAAAGGCAAACCAUAGGUUACAAACGUAGCUUCAAUUGGUUAUAACUGUUUUAUUUGGACAACACAUUCGAUAACUGUCGUAUAGAAUUAAAAUCCGCCAGAUCCAGAAAGGUGAAUUUUACAGUAUACAUUUUUUUUUGCUGGUAACAGUUACGUUUAACUGUUAUUUUUUAAAAAAAGAUACUGAAAUAAUAACUAAAUGAAAAAAAUAGAUUUAGCGGUUAUUGAUAAUGACACUCGGAUCUGACGGAUUUUGUUUCUCACAGAAAUAGAUGUGGCGGAGAUCGAUGCCAACUACGCAACGUCAUUAUCAACUUAUAGGGUGUUCUAAAAUUACAGAUUAAGAGGAAGUAAAACUACCAAAAAUAAUAAAUCUAAAC